CUGGUGGCUUUAUCCCCCCAACCCCCCAACCUCCCCCUUUGUUUUUGUGUGCCCUCUCCUGUGUGUGUGUGUGUGCGGGGGUAGAGGUGGAGUGCGGAGCUGAUGAACAAGCUGAAAAAAAAAAAAAAAUUUAAUUUUUUUUGUUCUCCUGGGGGGGGGGGGGAGCAGGAGAAGGGAGAUGCUCUUCCCUGCCUCUCCCUUUCUGGGACUUGGCCACCUUCGCCCAGCUCCGAGGUGGUGGCUCGCCGCCUUCCUUCCUUCGCUCCCUCUGCUUCUCCAGUAGCCACGCUCGACUAAGGCAUCCGCCUCCGGGAACCAGGAGAGCAGCAUACCAGGCCACCCUCCUCCCUUCCUUUCUCUUCCCACCCACCCCACCCCCUUCCUUUUUUAAUUUUCAAACCUUUUUUUUUAUUUUUUAGCCACCAGAAACCGCAGCAUCCAACGCCCGUGGGCUGGAUUCCGCGCCUCUGGGAGCACCCAGGAAACCUCACUCCGUCCCUGCCCGUCUGGGGCAGAGAGAGAGAGAGAGAGAGAGAGAGAGAGAGAGAGCGAGCCUUGAGGCCAGGCUCACCUCGCUCCUCACCUCGGGAGAAACAGACCAAUUCCGGACUAAGUUCCCCCAAAGGCCCAGCCAGGCUGAAGCGGUCCGGAUUAAUAAAGACCUGGCCUGCCCCCACCCACCCACUCACCCGGUUGUAUGCAAUCCCUGCGUUUGUUUCUGGCUGGGUAACGGGCUGGGGAGGAGGGGGUGACAACAAGGAUCGCUCUCGGAGGUUAUUUAUUUUCCCUUCCACUCAAUCCCUUCUUCUCCAAAUCUCGCCUGCAAGCUUCCUCCAGCCCACGGGGGUCGACAGCGGCCCUUGAGCCCCCAGCCCUAAUCCACAGGGCCUGGUUUUCUCAUUCAUUAUUGAUCAUAUUUUAUAAAUCCAACGCCACACAAUUUUUUCCACAUUACCGGGAGCCGUGGGGAGGCUGCCCGGCUAUUGGCAGAGGGGACGUCACGUGGGCGGGGUCACGUGGUCCAGAGAGGAAAAAGGGGGUCCUUUUUGGUGUAAAUCUGGACUCUAAUUCUGUAAUAUAUCAAGGAAUCUCGUAAAACCGACACUAAAACGUCCCUGACUACAAAUCAUCCGGCCAAAUUAUGAGUUCAUUGUAUUAUGCGAAUGCUUUAUUUUCUAAAUAUCCAGCCGCAAGUUCGGUUUUCGCUACCGGAGCCUUCCCCGAACAAACUUCUUGUGCGUUUGCUUCCAACCCCCAGCGCCCGGGCUAUGGAGCGGGUUCGGGCGCUUCCUUCGCCGCCUCGAUGCAGGGCUUGUACCCCGGCGGGGGGGGCAUGGCGGGCCAGAGUGCAGCCGGCGUCUACGCGGCCGGCUACGGGCUCGAGCCGAGUUCCUUCAACAUGCACUGCGCACCCUUUGAGCAGAACCUCUCCGGGGUGUGUCCCGGCGACUCUGCCAAGGCGGCGGGCGCCAAGGAGCAGAGGGACUCGGACUUGGCGGCCGAGAGUAACUUCCGGAUCUACCCUUGGAUGCGAAGCUCAGGGACCGACCGCAAGCGAGGUCGCCAGACCUAUACCCGCUAUCAGACCCUGGAGCUGGAGAAGGAGUUUCACUACAAUCGCUACCUGACGCGGCGGCGGCGCAUCGAGAUCGCGCACGCGCUCUGCCUCACCGAAAGACAGAUCAAGAUCUGGUUCCAGAACCGCCGCAUGAAGUGGAAAAAAGAGAACAAGACAGCGGGCCCCGGGGCCACCAGGCAGGACAAGGCCGAGGCGGAGGAGGACGAGGAAGAGUGAGGGACAGAGAAAGGGCAGAGGAAGAGAGACGAAAAAGGGAAAGAGAGAGAGAGAAACCCAGCUCUGGGAACUGAACCAGGAAACUCAAGUCAAAUAGGGAGGAAAAAAAAAAACUAUUUAAAUGGAAAGCAGUUAAUUUUUUUUAAGGAGAGAAGGUGAAAUUUUGGUUUCUUAACACUGGAAAAAAAAUACUACCUAUAGGAAAGUCCAUCAGGUUUGUUUUGUACAGUAUGGGAAGGACAUCAUCUACCUGUUCUGUAGCUUUCUGGAAUUUGCCUCCCCUUUUCUAUGUUGCUAAUUGUUAAGGUCUUUGGUAAAAUCUUGCUGUUUUGUAAGCCCCAUCUUUGACGCUGUGUGUGUGGUCUGUGGGUCUGGAAUAACAUGUGUGGUUCCCCGGCUUCCUGAGCAACCCCCCCUUCCCAGUAGCGGCACUGAAGGGGCCUUAGGGAGCCCUAAGGACCCACCAACUAGCUCAAGUGUCCCCUCUGUGCACCUGGCCUGCCCGCUGCUCCUUGCUCCCACCAGCCCCUGUGAUCCUCUUUGCAUUCUAUGUGUAUCUGAAGGAUGGAGAAAUAAAAGCAAUUAAAAAUAAA